CAGUUCUUCUUCUCCAAAAAGUAAUGAUUACUCAAUUAAAUCAAGAAAAAAUUCAAUAAAUUUAUUAGGCCAAAGGAAAUAUCCAUCAAUACUAAUUUUAAAAUUCAAUUAUUCAAUAAAUGUUCGGUUUGUUUUGUAAAAUGCGGAAAUUUAAAUGAAAGACACUUUCAUAUGGCGCAGCGAUCAUUCAGGAAACAACAUUAAAAUUCCCAAAAGCACAUUGGUUUGCAAUCAAUUUGUAGGCUUAAAAAGUAAACAUUGCCCUUUUGCUGGCUAAAGGUGAAGCAAUACAAUGGAAGAACUACAGGAUGCCAGUAUACAUCAUACGGCAGCCAAGCUCAUCAAUACCAUAAAGACUUUGAAAAACUAUGAGCCAUUGUAUGAAAAUGUGCAGAAAUUGGUUUGUAGCCCCGCUGUGGAUCGCAAUGAUAUGUGCAAUACCUUGGAAGAGGCCAUUAAAAGUGCUGGAUUGGAAACGGAAAUACGUAACAUUAUAUUUCAUUUGGUGCGCAGCAAACUAAAACCAGAAGAGAAGCCAUCACAAAUAAAUAUUAAUGAUCCUUUGGCUUAUCUAAAACGUGCCGGUGUACAAUGGGAUCGUCGUGUGCGGAAAAGUUUAAACGCCAUGUGUUCGGAAUUAAAAAUGGCAAGUCAGGGUCAACCACGAGUUGCUACCGAUCGAGAUGAACUCAUGACGAAAUGGGAUGAAUUGAGCAACUAUACAAUCGAUUUGGCCAACUAUAGACCUGUAUAUGCUCCUAAAGAUAUUUUGGAUGUUUUGCUGUCUUUGAAAGGACCUUCCAAAGCUGUUGAAAAUACUGAGUUUGUACAGGUGCCGAAAUGGGAAUUUUCACAUAUAUCGCUUCCAGUAAAGAAUCUCUUUGAGCUGAGAAAUCAUUACAAUGACUUGCUGCGUACGGAAUCAUAUGGUGGUUCUACCGACAUGAAUUUACAAUGUCAGCGGGUGUUGGAAUCAAAACAUGCACCACUUUGUCAACAUCUGCUAAGAAAAGGCAAUACCCCAGCCCCCUACAGGGGUGCCUUAUGGUCUUAUGUUUUGGGCAGUCAUAUUAACAAUUUUGACAUUGACCACUGGAAUCGUCUAAAAGCCACAGUCUUGUCCACCGAUCACAUUGUGGAUAAAUUAGUCUUCAAAGACAUUCAAUUGACAGCCUCCAAUGAUGAUCAGUAUUUUGUUUUUGAAGAUGUCCUAUAUCAGGUGUUGUUGUGUUUCUCACGAGACACUGAAAUAGCUCAAAUGAUACAGUUCGAACAUUAUCCGAUAAAGGGUAAAAACUAUGAAGCUCCUCCCUCGGGUGUGGUGCCAUUUCAUGGGAUAUGUAUGUUUGCUGCUCCAUUUUGUUAUCUAUUUGAUUCUCCCAUUAAUUUGUAUUUCACAUUUCGAGCUUUUUAUAUACGAUAUUGUCAUCGUUUGACCACAAUUAAUACACAUCCACAGGGCAUUGUCAGCAUAUGUCUGCUCUUUGAGAAAUUGUUACAAACACAUGAGCCGCAGCUAUGGUCACAUUUUCGCGAAUUACAAAUACAACCCAUACGCGUUGUCUUUAAAUGGUUGAUGCGAGCUUUUAGUGGGCAUUUACCUCCAGAUCAGCUGCUAGUGCUAUGGGAUCUUAUUCUAGGAUUUGAUAGUCUGGAGAUCCUCUCAAUUUUCGCCAUCAUCAUUCUUUCAUUUCGAAAGGAGAGUUUAAUGCAAGUGAAUUCGUUGGACAACAUUGAAGCUAUACUGGCAGAUCUUUCAUCAAUACAAGUCUUACCCCUAAUACAAUUGGCUUUAAGUAGAGAUUAGGAAAAUAUAAAAAAAAAAUAAAAUUAGUAAAUUUUUUUAUGUAUUGUAAAUUCCUGUUAGAAA